AUGACUCGACAUAACCUGGCCGCUCACAUCUCUUGGUUGUUGUCCCAUCAAGUUGCUCCGCACACCGGUGUUUCUGUGACGAUCCACGCGAAUACCGACUCGACAGCGGCGGCACAAACUGGAAAUGCGGAUAUUUGGGACGAGGAGAUAGAGCAAGAGGCACCAAGGAUUCCUCCGACCCCGUCGCGGAGUCGACAGACAGAAAAUACAGUCAAUGUCGGGCAGGCUUUCGUUCGCCCACCGUUGCCGACCUCGAUUGCUCCCAGAUCACAAUCCCGGAACGCUGCAAAUGAUCUAGGGGAAGAGACUUCGAUGGGGAAGCCUGUUUCUGCCACCUGGCCGCCUCGGCCAACUCUCAUGAGUCAAACCCAGCUUGCUACUCCCGCAUCCACCACCGCUUCGUCGAGUCUAGGACAAAAUUAUUCAAGGCUUCUGCGAGACAACAAUGCUGCGCCCUCUGCAAGAACCCCACUCGACCCUUCAUUCUCGAAGGCCCCAAGGCAAUUACAUACGCCCCAGACCCCGCGACAGUCCCCAUACCCGGCCUUGAAACCGAAGACAGAACUGGUUGAGUCGGUUGACUUGACUGGGGAUGACUAUGGAGAGGAACUUCCGCCUCGUUCGAGCAGCUCAGAGGUCGUAUUCGGGGAGCCACAAGUUCUAUGGCGAGAAGAUUCAGCAUCGAGGCCCGAGCCUCUUGUAAAGAAUUCUAAGAAACGAAAGAGUAACGAGAUAUCGAUUGGAACUCUACGAAAGGGGGAUGGGAGUGGCGGGCUCGUCGAAGUGUUCAAGCGAGAUCGCCGUGAGAGACUAGACGACUUCGUGGAUAUUGAUGAGAUGAUGACCGAUCCAACCCAAUACGUGCAACAUGGGGAUGCUAUUGCUAAGUCCACAAAGCCUAGCGUCAAGUAUGAAGAUGCCAACACAGAUUCCGAAGAAUAUCAAGCCACCGAAUCCAUCGGCAAACUUGAAGCUCGCUCACGCAAGCAGUCUAGCCGCGUCCCAUCCGUGAUCGAGGUCAUUCCUCCUGGUCCGGUAUUCGGAGUAUCAGCUCCAAAAACAAAUUCCGAAUCGAGAACCUUAUUUACUGGUCGACCACCCAACCUAUCUCCCAUGGUCCAAGUUGAAGCAUCGCCAGUUUUUAAUGCUGCCAAAUCUCCCGAUGCUGAACAGUCAUUGACGCCUCAAAGACGACAAAACCCCCGGUUACAGAGGACUAUCCAAGAUUCAGAUGAUGACGAAGUCCUAUCAAAUAUCGAGAGGAGAGUAAUCUGCUCGCCAGGAUUAUCAGUGAAGAAGCGCUCUAAGGUUAUGGAUAUUUUGAAAAGUCCCAAAUGUCGAGCACCUCCGUUAGAGCGGCUUGAUGACAAGACCCGGGAUGUCGGGGGUUCGAAAACGAGAACUGGGAGCCCAUUGCGGCCGAUAUCACAGAAUGUUACAUUGCGACAAGACAAUGUGCCUUCUCCCUUCCAAAGAGACUCGCCAACGAAAGUAUCUACCGCGACUAAACCGUCAAUACCUGGUUCGAGCCAGCAAACAUUUUCUUUUACUCUCACAGAUAAUGACAGAAAGCUAGUGAGCUUAUAUUUGACACAGCCUUCAGAAAUCGCCUCAUACUACGAGCGCGUGCGUAAUUUGCUCGAGCGAAACUCGGUUGAGUCCAUGCGUUAUGUUGAUAGAAAGGAGCAGGCUCCGAAGCAGCUUCACGAAUACCGUAUGACGUUGUUAGAUAUGGUCAAUGCCUAUGAAGCUCUUGAUACGCUUCGAGAAAGCUAUGGGACUCUCAUAACCGAGAAGAAGACCCUUGCUCGGAAGAUGUAUGAGCAACUUGAUGCAGGGAUCGAUGCUAGCGAUGAUGAUGAACGGAUGGCAAUACUCUCGCAUGAUAUCCGAAAAUUCGAGAAAGAGGUUGGCCGGCUCCUACAUGCUUCCGGAGCAGUGCGCGAUGGCUUCGGGACCGGUGACAUUCGUGAUCCCGCCCUGGCUCCUUCAGCUACUCCCAAGCUACAGGAAGGCGUGCCACCCAUAGCUUCUAGACAAAGUACGCUUGGCAGCGCCCAAGUGGUUUGGCAGACCCAAAUCCCCCCCUUUCCACAGCUGUCAUCAUCGAGUGCAAAUCAGCGCAGGCCCGACGAAGUUGCAGCUAUGUCUUCGCGGUAUAACGAAACAAGUCACGAUCCAUCCGGCAUUCCAUAUCGCGCAUCGCCUUCUCCUGUACGGCGCCGAAACCCGGCCGAAUCUUCUACUGGCCAAACGCUCUCAGGAGCCAAACCAGCUUGGGGUGCAUCCAGGACCACUUUGAGGCCACCUAACUUCCGCCGUGACCCAUCGCCCAUGGACUACGACUUCGAUGAUGGCGAUUUUGAUGACCUGCUCCAAGGGGAGCAAGGGCUCCCGAAAGAGCUGCCACUACAGAGACGAGUAUCUGAAGAGACUGAGGACGAUUAUGGAGACUUUGAUGACGAUGAUGACAUGGUUGAAAUAGCCGAACAGGUGGAAAGCCGAGUACCCCCCAGGCAGUCUAUAGCGAAACAGAUCCCUCAGCAUGCUCUUUCUGAUGCCAAAACGGAUCAAGGUCGGAAGCGGGGAAAUACUAUCAAGAAAACGAUGUAUUCAAACGUGGAUCCUGCCCACGCAAAUAUGUUGAAGCAUCCUUGGUCGGCUGAUGUCAAAAGGGCUCUCAAAGACCGUUUUGGAUUGCGAGGAUUUCGCCAAAAUCAGCUCGAAGCAAUUAACGCCACACUAGCUGGGCAAGAUGCCUUCAUAUUAAUGCCAACUGGUGGUGGAAAAUCCUUGUGCUACCAAUUGCCAGCCGUUGUUCAAUCAGGAAAAACCAGAGGAGUCACUAUUGUUAUUUCGCCCUUGCUCAGUCUUAUGAAUGAUCAGGUUGAGCAUCUCAAAAAACGAAACAUUCAGGCGUUUCUCUUGAAUGGCGAAAAAUCCCAAACCGAAAGGGACUUGGUCUUCAGCGCGCUGCGUGAAUCUCACCCGGAUCAAUUUAUACAGCUUCUCUACAUCACGCCUGAAAUGAUUGGGAAAAGUGGGGCACUCCUUACUGUUUUCGAUCAAUUGCACAGGAAGAGGAGACUGGCUCGAAUCGUCAUCGAUGAGGCACACUGCGUCAGUCAAUGGGGCCAUGACUUUCGCCCCGACUAUAAAACCCUCCUUAGGGUGCGAGAAAGGUUUCCCGGGGUUCCGUUUAUUGCUUUGACAGCCACCGCAACCGAAAACGUGAAGGCAGAUUGCAUUCACAAUCUAGGCAUGAAAGAUUGUAAGGAGUAUAAGCAAAGUUUCAACCGGCCAAAUUUAUACUACGAAAUCAAGCCGAAAAAGGGGAAAGGGGUUGGUGUAGAGGUUCUAGAAAGUAUGUGCAGUCUGAUAUUGAAAGACUUCAAGAACCAGACCGGUAUUGUCUACACAUUGUCUAGAAAAGGGUGCGAAGACCUGGCCAAAAAGCUUCAGAGCAAGGGAAUUAAAGCGCAUCAUUUUCAUGCCUCAAUGGACCCGGCAGAGAAGAAUGCAGUCCAGCGAGACUGGCAAUCUGGAAAAUGGCAAGUAGUAGUCGCCACAAUAGCAUUCGGAAUGGGAAUCGACAAGCCUGAUGUUCGCUUCGUUAUACAUCACACGAUGCCUAAGAGCUUGGAAGGCUACUAUCAAGAGACUGGGCGGGCGGGCCGUGACGGCAAGCCGUCUAGAUGUUAUCUUUAUUAUGGAUACCAAGACACUGCCGUUCUAAAACGGUUCAUUGAUGAGAGUGAGGGCGGUCUCGACGUCAAAGAGCGACAACGGGAAAUGCUGAAUAGAAUGGUACAAUUCUGUGAGAACCGGAGUGAUUGUCGAAGGGCAGAUAUUCUUGCAUACUUCGGCGAAGCUUUUUCCAAAGAAAAUUGCAACCACAACUGCGACAAUUGCAAUUCUGAUCGCGUCUUUGAGCCGCGGGAUAUGACACGUCAAGCAAAAGCUGCGCUGAACAUUGUCGAGCAGGUGCAGCAUGACAACGUCACUCUUCUUCAUAUUGUAGAUAUCCUUCGGGGAGCGCCAACGGCAAAGAUUAGGGACCGCGACCACCACUCCCUAGAAGGGUUUGGAGUAGCUAGCGAUUUACCCCGCGGAGAAAUUGAACGUCUCUUCACACGACUACUGAUGGAGAACGCUUUGAAGGAGCGUAACGUCAUGAGAGGUGCUUUUCCUCAGCAGUAUAUUCAUCUGGGACAUAAUUGUCGAGAUUUUAUGGAGGGUCGGCGUAAACUCGUAUUGAUGAUGGAAGCGCCUACUGGAGCCGCGAAAGAAAGGCCCGAAAGGCCCGAAAGGCCUAUGAAGAACCCUCGCCCUCCAAGUACUAUACGCGGCUCUACAACCCAACCCCCUUCAACAAUGCUCACUUCACCUCUCAGUGUUUCUUCCCGGAGCCAUAAUAAUGGCGGUCGACACCGAUAUGCUGCGGAUGAAGCUGGUGAAGCAGACGAUGAUACCGAGUCAGAUGACGCGUUCGAGCCGGUCCCUCCCAAAUCCAUACGACAAGCGCGACGUCCAAUUGCACUGGGACCACCGAUAACUACUGAUGAUCGCAUGAAAGACCUUCCCGAGCUUCAUCGUGACACCGUUUACGAGUUUGUCGCUGAGGCUAAGAAAGUGGAAGGAAGACUUCGGAAUCAGAAUGGUCACGCAAGGGCGUACUUCACUGAGAGCGACUUCCGAGAGAUGGCAAUCAAUUGGACAUUGACCGUGGACAGCAUGCUCAGGAUACAUGGCAUAAACGAAGAUAAGGUCCAACGUUAUGGCAAGAAGUUCCUCAAAUUGAUCCAGCAGUUUCACGAUAACUACGAAGAUAUGAUGAGUCACAGUGCGGAUAUAGAUAUGGAUGCCAAUCACAAGAACGUGAUUGAUCUCUGCAGCGAUGAUGAUACGGUAGACGAUGAUGAGUACGGAGAGGAGGAUGGCGCCCGGAUUUUGCAGGAAGAGCAGCCUUCGAAAUACUUCAUUCCCGCAAACGUUCGGGCGUUCAACGAUGAUAUCGCCCGCGCCCAAACUCUGCCACAACGCAAGCAUAAAAGCCCAGAUGCUGCCCCAAAGAGUUUCAGAGGUGGCUCUGGACACGGCCGGAGCAAAUUUCGUAGUGGUAGGAAAUCGAGUGGCCGGGGAAGUGCUGGCUCUGCUUCGGGUUCCGGAUCCGCUGCCAGCCGCCCAUUAGGAGGGCAUAGCAAUUUAGGCAUUUCCAGGCGAGGCCAAACUCGGAAAACAUCCGGUGCUGCAUCAAGGAAGGGCAACACCAGCAGAUCAGGAAGUGGUGCUGUGCCCAACCCCUCAGAUCUUAUGAGGGCUUUUGGCCAUAUUCGCGCAGGUGGGAGAUCAGGAGGCGGGCCGAGUGGUGGUGGCAUUGGUAUGAUGCCAACAUGA